AUUUUUGUGUAUUUGACAGGUGUGAAAAGACAGCAUGAACUUUACCCCGACACGUACCCCUGUCUGCAGAAAACAUGGUGUUGCCUGUGGCUUCAGUGGUUCUACCAGGUGGAGAGGAGUGUCUUUCUCAGAGUCAAUGGAGUCAACUCCCUUGCCUUCAAUCAAAGAUCGUCUGGCCCUCCUCUACCCUUCUCAGGAGCUUCUGGAAUAUUAUCAAAAGAAGAUGGCCGAGUGUGAGGCAGAAAAUGAGGACCUAUUGAAGAAACUGGAACUAUACAAGGAAGCUUGUGAGGGACAGCAUAAACUAGAAUGGGAUUUGCAGCAGAGGGAGGAGGAGAUUGCUGAAUUGCAGAAAGCUCUAAGUGAUAUGCAGGUCUGCCUCUUCCAGGAGCGGGAACAUGUUCUACGUCUCUACUCAGAAAAUGACCGGCUGAGAAUCAGGGAGCUAGAAGACAAGAAGAAGAUUCAGAAUCUCUUGGCUCUUGUGGGAACAGACACUGGAGAAGUGACCUAUUUCUAUAAGGAGCCUCCCAACAAAGUCAGCGUUCUCCAAAAGACUAUCCAGGCUGUAGAUAUAUGUGAACAAAAUGAAUCGUCAACUUUCAGAGCAGAUUCUAAAGGAAGCAAAAGAAAACCAGCAAUGAGAGAGAAGGAAGAAAGUUCUGAGCAUUACCAAAGAGACGUACAAACACUUAUCCUACAGGUGGAAGCACUGCAGGCUCAGCUGGAAGAACAGACCAAGCUUUCUAGAGAGCAAGUUGAAGGGCUCAUGGAGGACAGACGGAUUCGCAUUGAGGAGAUACAGAUUCAUCAGCAGAGAAAUCAGGACAAAAUCAAAGAGCUUACCAAAAAUCUCCAUCACACCCAAGAACUACUCUAUGAGAGCACCAGAGACUUUUUGCAACUCAGAUUUGAAAACCAAAAGAAAGAAAAGUCGUGGAUGCUUGAAAAGGAUCAUUUGAUAUCAAAGAUUAAGCAAUACAGGGUGCAGUGUAAGAAGAAAGAAGAUAAAAUUGGCAAAGUUUGGCCAGUUGUUCAUGAGAGUCAUUAUAACCAAAAUGAAUAUAUUAAGUCCCUCAAGGAUAAGUUAGUACAAGAGAAAAAGCUGUCCAACAUGUACCAAGAGCAGUGCAUUUCCCUAGAAGAAGAACUUUCCCAAAUUCGUGAGGAAGAGGGAGUGAGGAGAGAGAUCUUCAAGGAUCGCACAAACAAGAUGGGGAGGCGUUUACAGGUAAUGACAAAACGCUAUGAGGCCUUGGAGAAUCGGCGUAUCUUGGAAGUAGAAGGCUUUAAGACAGAUAUUAAGGCUCUCCGGCAGAAACUGAAAGACUUGGAACAAAUGCUCUAUAAGGCAACACUUAAUGCCCGGGCAAACCAGGAUCUUGCCAUUCUGUGUGAGGUCCGGGACAGCAAUAGACGGGCACAUAAGAUACAAGGAGAACUGAAGAACCUCAAGUCCAAAGUAUUUGGUCUAGAGAAUGAACUUAGACUCUGUUGAUGUUUACUUUUAGAAAUGGCUCUUCUCUGGAAUAGGUCUGCUUCCUGAAAUCUGAGAAAAAGGUCAUCUUCUCCCAGAAACUGUAGGCAUAGAGUUGACUAGAGUAGUGGUAUCCAUUAUUAUAGAGACAGGGUAGAGAAGAAUCAGAGACCACGCAUAAAGCUUUUCUUACGUGCUAAGCUUUAUCUAUAGUUUUUGCUGUCCUAUUAAUCUUUUUGUUUUUUUGGUCUGGAUCAUAACCUGAAUUACUUAGACAUUUUCUCACAUUUAUAAUGACAGCUUUUGUUUUUUUAAGAAGACGAUGACGAUGAAAACUUAGGAAGAAGGUAUUUUUGCCCUGAGCUUGGCUGAGUGUCAGUAGGAGGAGCACCUUUCCUGAGGAGAUAAAGGCAUCCACGGAAGGUGCCUUCCUCCUGGGCAGAGGGAAGGCAGCAAACCGCAGAUUGUCAGAUGUGAAGAGGCAGUCAUUUUGCUGUUGAAAUUUUUUCAGUCGUGAGCUCUAGGGCCCAAGUUAUAUUUUUGGACACCCAGUCUCAUGAAGUUUUACCAGAGGGCACUCAAGACCCUACUCUUAAGCAAAAUCUUUAUCUAGGAAAAUAAAGGUGCCACUUUGGUAAGAGUGAGUGAAACUUAAAUGAUCUUUGUGUGAAAAGUUCAGUAUUUUACCAAUAGCAUGGUUUUUUAAAAAUAAUGUAUAUAUUUUAACUAUUUUUCAAUAAAAUCUGUAAAUGAAAAUA